GCCUGUGUAUACGUCACACGGAAGGGAGGAGCGAGAUUAUGCUGCGGCGCAGGCGGCAGAGUCGUUUACACGGUGGAACAUGUUUUCAAGGAAAUAAACGGAGUGGGACGCAUUUUGGAUUCAAACAUGGACUGAUCAUAUGUCUGCGUUCACAUUUGACUGAGAAGUAAGCUGCCCCAAGACUGCCCUGAGGAGUGUGUGCUUGGAGGUGUGUGCCUCUUCACCACUACUUCUCCAGCUUGAACACACACCUUGGCACGAUGUCUGUAAAAGAUCGACAGCGUCCGUGGUCUGUGUACAGAGCUUCCACGAUGGACAUCUCCUCUGAGAUGCUUGGCCUGGCGCUGGCAGGAAACAGUCAGGACGCAGAUGAGCCCGUGUUGGAGUUCAGCCUCGCCUGCAGAGAGCUAACUACACCGUGUUUGGACCGUAAACCCAACAGCUUUGUGACUGUGAGCUGUACAACUCCACCUCAAGCCUUCUGGACCAAGCAUGCACAGACUGAGAUUAUCGAGGGCACAAUGAAUCCCAGCUUCUUAAGCAGUGUGGCCUUCUUCCAGGAGUCCUUCAUUAAUCAGCAGACGCAGAUCAAACUUUCUGUGUAUGAUGUGAAGGACCGCUCACAGGGCACGAUGUAUUUAUUAGGCUCAGCGAUGUUCACAGUGAAAGAACUACUGCAGGACAAGAACUACACUCUUCUCCUACCUCUCAGUUCAGCGGAGAAUGUGCGUGUGGGUGAUAUCACAGUUAUAGCCUGGCAGCUGGAGGAGAAAAGGGAGCAGCGGCUACCAUUAACCCAUCUACCAGACACCAUUAAUGGCAGGACGGUCCUUUCUGUCGAUGAGAGUCUGACAGAAUCGAUAGGAAUCCGAGCCAAAUAUGCCUCUUUAAGUAAAGACACCUUCCUAAGAUCAGCGUUUGGGGGAACCAUGUCUCGUAUGUACCGCCUCCCAACAACUGACGGGAAUCACUUACGCAUUCUGGAGCAGAUGGCAGAGAGUGUACUGUCUCUUAACGUCCCACGACAGUUUGUCAAACUACUGCUGGAAGAGGACUCUGCCAGAGUAUAUGAGCUGGAAGAGUUGGGGGAAUUAUCUCCAUGUUGGGAGAACCUCCGGCGUCAGAUCGUAACACAGUACCAGAGCGUUAUUCUUACCUAUCAGGAGAUGCUGAAACACCUACAAGACUACAGGGGCCCCUCAUUCAAAGCAAGCAACCUCAAAGCUGACAGGAAGUUGGAGUUCAUGUCCACUAACCUCCAUAUGCAAAGGAUGAGAGUGCAGGACGACUCUGGGUUUGAUCACACAUACGAUGUGGUGACGAUCGGUGCUCCAGCAGCUCACUGUCAGGGCUUUAAGAACAGCGGCCUGCGUAAACUCAUCCAGAAAUUUGAAGAGGCCAAGAAACACAUUUAUGAGGAGGAAUGCAGCUCUCUGAGCAGCUCCCAGUCCAUCAUGUACAUCCCUCAGGACAUCGUCCAUGCCAAAGAGAUCAUCUCACACAUCAAUACCCUGAAGACUCAGGUCAGCUACUAUGCCGAGCGGCUCUCCCGUGCUGCCAAGGAGCGCUCCACCAAUGGUUUGGAGAGAACACUCACAAUACUGGCAGACAAGACACGGCAGCUUGUGACAGUGUGUGACUGUAAGCUACUGGCAUCAGCUGUGCAAGCUUUAAACGCCGCCAGGCCAGAGUACAUCGCCUCCAAGAGCUCACCAUCAGCUGAUUCAGAGCAUGUGGUGCUACGCAAUGACCAAGACACACUGCUAGCCAAGUGGAGCAACAACCGCUCAUCCCUACACGUCGACUGGCAUGAAGAGGAAUGGGAGAAGGUGUGGGUGAAUGUGGAUAAGAGUCUGGAGUGCAUCAUCCAGCGGGUGGAUAAACUGUUGCAGAACGAACGUUUACGUAGCAGCAGCAGCAGCGAGGACAUGUUCCAGGCCGACCAACAGAGCGCUGUUCCUAAGAAAGGUAACGAGAGGUGUCACGCGUUCUGGAUCAACCCAGUGUGCACGAAUGAGUGUGGGUCAACAGCUUCACAGGACCAGCCAUCUUCAUCUUCUUCACUGCCUUCACCAUCCGCAUCACCACUGCCUGAUAUGAACCCUGCAUGUUCCCUUAAUACAGAAACUCAAGCCUAUACCAGUAGCAGCAAAGAGGAGAGUUACCCAGGUGAGUGGAGUGAGGCUCUGUAUCCCCUGCUAACGACGUUAACGGAGUGCGUGGCGAUGAUGAGCGACAAGGCAAAAAAUUCAAUGGUGUUCCUGCUGAUGCAAGACCGAGCGCCGACCAUCGCCAUGGACCUCAGUGUGCAGUACCGCCGAGACGUGGUCUUCUGCCAGACACUUACAGCGCUUAUUUGUGGCUUUAUUAUUAAACUGAGGAAUUGUCUCCGUAACGAUGGCUUCUUGAGGCAGCUAUACACCAUCGGACUGCUCGCUCAGUUUGAAAGUCUACUGAGUACCUACGGAGAGGAGCUAUCCAUGCUGGAGGACAUGAGUGUGGGUGUCAUGGACUUGAGGAAUGUAACGUUUAAGGUGACCCAGGCUGUGUCAACGUCGUCUCCAGACAUGCUGCCUGUGAUCACGGGGAACCGCGAUGGCUUUAACGUGCGCAUUCCACUGCCAGGGUCAAUGUUCGACGCACUUCCUCGGGAAAUUCAGAACGGCAUGCUGCUGCGCGUACAGCCUGUUCACUUUAAUGUCGGCAUCAACGAGCAGCAAACGCUUGCUGAGAAGUUUGGGGACACAUCCUUGCAGGAGAUCAUUAAUUCUGAGAGUCUGGGUCGUCUGAAUUCCUACUAUGAACAGUUCAAGGAGGUGUUACCAGAUGACUGUCUUCCUCGUUCCCGUAGUCAGACGUGUCUUCCCGAGCUCUUGCGCUUCCUUGGUCAAAAUGUUCAUGCCAGGAAAAACAAGAACGUUGACAUUCUCUGGCAGGCUGCAGAGAUCUGCCGGCGGCUAAACGGUGUACGUUUUACAAGCUGUAAGAGUGCAAAGGACCGCACUGCCAUGUCUGUCACGCUGGAGCAGUGUCUAAUCCUGCAGCACGAGCAUGGCAUGGCACCUCAGGUCUUCACUCAGGCACUCGACUGCAUGCGGAGUCCAGUGACAAGCAUUAUCUCCACCAGCCAUCUCGUCUUGCUUCCCCAUCCCUUAUCGAUCCACUCUCCUGCACUGUGCUUGCUGAACAGAUAAGAAGCAGAAGCUGAGCCAAUGAAUAAACUAAAAGAAAUCACUGCAGGGGGAAAGAACAAAAAUUUUAAAAAGGCAUUUUAAUGGAGCAUGUAUAGAUGGAAUGGCUUCAUCUCAAAUCAUCUGCCCUACCCCUUAUCCCCUUCUUGGAUCCUCUCUGAAGUGUAAGUCGGGCUCAGCGGGAUUGUAAAGUGUCGUGGAUUUCAGAGAGAGGAGACAAGAAAAGGGAUGGUUUUGUUCCUCGAGUCAUGUAGGCUGCCUUGUUCACCUGGUGAACUGCUAUUGCAUAAAGUGGCUUUGCAACAAAGAGCAAAGUUGUGUGUGAGUGUGUUUUGCCCAAGCGCAUGGGAAAACACAUUCUCCACACACUUCCCGCUACUCCUUCAUGGGUCUAAACCUAUGUCUGUGUGGCUCUGGAGCUGCACUUUAUUUUUGGUUAUCAGGUCAUGUUACACUGUACCACAGUGGAUAAAAAGAGGGAUGUUGUGUAUGUUUUUUUUUUGGUUUGUUUGUUUGUUUGUUUUUUUGGCUGCAUUAGCAAAGUAGAUCUGUUGCAUGCUCUAGCUUGCACAACCCUGAAGUUUUGUAAAUAACCUACAGGAAAUGUUGUCUACUGAUUGGGCCUUUCAUUGUACACUCUCAGGAAUAAAGGUAUCUGUGUACUUUUCAUUGCUGCUGGCAUGGUACGGUUAUGAAGACAUCUUGUUACAGGCUUUAAAAUUGGCUUUAAAGCUUUAAUGAUGCAUAUUUAAAACCAAAAUCAGAGACCUGUGGUAUAUAUAGAAUAUAACACAUUCCAAAUCCUUGCUUUUAUACAAAUAUAGUGUAUUUCAGGGGGCACUUUGCUUGAACUUUGUAAUGCAUCACACCUCCACCUGGCAUGCAUUCCUUUUGUAUAACAUUACAUUAUUUUUAUUUAUUAUGUUAUUAAUUCCUAAUUAAAUUCCCCAUACAGUAUACUCGCUAAGCUACUUUCAACUGUAUUUUGAUUAGGUUUGUUUAGAUUUCCUGUGCCACAUCUCGAACUGUGUCUGCUUGUUGUUGUAUAAGUCCAAUAAGCACAUCAAAACAAUGCCACCGUCUCUGGGGAAAAUAAAGCUUAUUGAAUUGACUUAAUUCUUAGUAUCAGGAAAGGUAUCUAAAAAAAAAAAACCUGUACCAAAUCAAAUAUGCGGACCAUGUGAUCUGCUGUGGUGACCCCAAACACGGAGCAGCCAAAAGAAGAAGAACUUAUGUACAUGGGUUCCAAUUGAAUGUAAUUCUAGUUCUAGUUCCUGUCCGCUCCAACAUUCUUGUGAAAUUUCACAAUGUACCUGGUUCACGUUUAUUAUAUAGACGUUUAUUUAAAUUACGUGCAAGUCUAAGUUUAUUGAAAUUGUGCUCUGUUGAGAUGUGUAAUAUAUUUUACAUAAACCAAACAUCUUACAUGUGAUUGACUGCAUAUUCCUUAUUUCCAGUAUAGCUAAGAUUUCAUGGGAACUUUGAGGUCAAAAAUUAUAUACCCUAAAUUCUGUUUUAAAGGGUUUAAAUUUACAUACUAAAUGUAUUAAAGCUGUGCUCUUGAUGUACCAUUUCAGCAUGAAGGAAAAGUGCAGCUUGGUAGUGUUCUGUCUGAGAAUGUACACAUGGAUGAGGCAGAACUUUCUUCUUAAUUUAUUCUUCUUCGCUUUCUCUUUUCCUCUCCAUUUUGUUUCUCAUCAUCGUCUGUUUUUUGUUGUUUUUGGGUUUUUUUUCGUUUUGUUGUUUUGUUUUGUCAUGUGCCGUUGUUUCUGGUCUUGUUUAUUGUGUUUUAUCUCUCUAUACUUUACAAUCUUCUUUUAAUUUCUGAUUUCUUUAAUUCUUAUUUGUCUUUGAUCUUUAUCGUUGUCCUUCCUGCUGCGGUAAUUUCAUUCCAAACCCUCUUGUGACACUUUUGCGAACAUGGCCCUCUCCUCAUCCUCCUUCCGCCCCUCUGCCCCACCCACUGGCUGCAGCAUUGGUACUCGAGAGGGUGUGACGCAGAAGAACCUGAGCGGUGUGUUACCCGUGCGGGAAUUGAGACUAGAGCCUAAUCUGCUGUACUCUCUGCCUCUGCUCGCUCUCAGCCCCAACCUGCUCAUCGUCUGGCUCUUCCUCAGCGUCACCUACCUGCUGGCCAAACUCCGCUGCAGCUGAGCCACUACACCCCCAUAACUUUCCUUCUUCUUUCUUUUUACCUCUCUCUCUAAGCUCUUUAUUUUUUCUGUGUUUAUUUUUUCUUCUGUUAUUUAGUUCUGAUACUGAGGUUUAUAUUUCUCACCUUUAAUAUCUGGCUUGACGUUUUCUUUCUUUCUUUUUCUUUCUUUCUUUCUUUCUUUCUUUCUUUCUUUCUUUCUUUCUUUCUUUCUUUCUUAGCUUUCAUUAAAAGCUUAUUAUUAUUAUUAUUAUUAUUAUUAUUAAUUUAUUUCUUUUUUAUUUAAUUUCUUCACUUCCUUCUUUGUUCCUUUUUUUUUUUUCAAAUAUUAUUUGAAUAUUGCUUUCCAAACAUUCUUGUCUUUUCUCUGAUCUUUUGAGGAGGCAGACAACCCCAGGUUCAGUGGCUACACAUGUGUUUAAAAGUGUUUCUGCCUUACUUCCUUACUUCACUAAAUACCUGGGGUUUCAAUCCCAAGAUUUAUAACAUACUGUAUAUACAUAUGUGUAUAUAGAUAUAAGACUUUAUUAAGUAUAAGAUAAUCGCACAAAGUGUAAGAAUUUAUGUUUUGUUUGUUUUUUUGCACAUGCUACAGAUAUGCUGGUUUUAAAGACCGUAUACCAUAGGGACCCGGUUUCUUAACUAGGAUCAUAUUUCCUCAGUGAUUUGUGGUUGAAUUUUGACGUCUUCCAUGUGUUUGUAUUUAAAAUGCUGAGCUGUCGGCUUGGCCAGAGCUUCAUCUGAUAUAUAUAUACAGAGCCAGUGCACUUUUACAACGUUUUAGGGGCAGGUGAACCUGAUU